GCUUUGGGGCGUUCUUACUGCACAUGUGCGGUAGGUAGGUACGUUUCACUCACUGUGUACCUUUUCUACGGCUAAAAUAGAAAUCGAUCUACGUUUCUAUUCUGAAGAAUUGGGUUAAAUUUUCAGUAAAGCACGUAUUCAUGGUGUUUUCAAGGUAAUGGAGGCAAAGAUAUAUUUGUGUGCGGCAUUGAUCGUAGCGGCUUCGGCUUCCCAGGUCCAUAAUGCGGUGGAAACAGAAAUGUUUGCCAUUCCAAUCAGUCCAAAUUUAUUUAACUGGACGUAUCAAGAAUUCGACCAGCAGUACCGCUUCCACGCGUCGCUGCAGGGUAAGCCUGAACUGCCGUCCUGGCUCCGUUACAUUUACAGCGGGAGACACCAUUCGGGCUUCAUAUUCGGCACCCCGCCUAGAGGCACCAAAGAUGUCGUUACACUAGAAGUGGUAGGUCUCAACCGGCAGGACUACGAAACUCGUCGCGUCCUGCUCACGCUGAAGGUGGAGCCGAAGGAGAAGAUGGCGCGCUACGAGGUCGAGCUCAAGAUAGACAACCUCAACGUAGAAGAUCUUUUGGAUGAGCACAGGAUGUCACGGCUAAAGGAUAUUCUACGGUUGAAGCUAUGGCCGGAGAGCAGUCAGGACCUCUACACCACCUUCCUGGCUUCAGCUAUAGACCUUGGCGCUAGGCUGCCUUUGAAACCUGAGGAUGGCGAGGGUUUGGUAGUCCGCCUGGGCAGUUCUGUGCCGUUCUCGACCGAGAUCAAACGUCUUCGGGAAGAAGUUCGCCCGUUGUCCAAACUGCCCAGCUGCCCCAGGGAGUACAAGCGCACAACUGUCGAGAGGCUCUUCAGGGAUGCUGAGUUGACGCUCGAUUGGUGCCGAUUUGAAUUGUACAACACAAUAUAUAAAGCGCGAACAACCGAACACCUCGAAUACCUAACGGAGAUUCCGAACACAAGCAAAAACUCGAAGUCCUCGUGGGUGCAGGCGCGCGACGUGUGGUCGGCGCCGGCGCGGCGGGCGCUGCCGACGCGGAGCUACACGACACAGCUGACCGCGGCUGUGGCUGUACCGCUGCUGUUAAUGUUGCUGUCGGUUGCUGCUCUCACUGCUGUUUUGUGCUUCCAUUAUGCGGCUAUGCGUGAUCCCGAUUCAGAUUACUUUUUGAGAAAUAUAUUCCACAUCUGUAUUGAGUACCAUCAUCAACGAAAAAGAGGCAACAAGUCCAGCAAAGUUGAAUUAUGUCGCUAUGGUACUGGCAACACCGAUCAAACACAAGUCGCUGACAACACUAGCAACAAGAGUGUCGGCAUAAGCCCUAACAACAGUCUGGUUCGUCCCUACAGCCCUAAGUCCACGACUAACUUAGCUGGAAAUUACAACAGACCCCAACCUCCUCCAUACAUCGGCUCGACCAACAACUCUUUACACCACCGCAAAUCUGGCAACACUGAAACACCAUCAACCAGCGGACAUACCCCGGAACAUCGCGGCCAUCUUGCUUUAGAAGAAUCCCUAAAGCUACUAAACGAGGCCAACAUUAAUUCCGAAUUUGAAAAUAUGAAUCUACUCAAAGAGCCAAUCGUCGAUUUGAACGACGGCACUGAAGAUUACGUCCCAAUAAAACCGGAUAUGACUGGUUAUAUCUCGAUCAAACCAGAUCUGGAUGAUAUUAAUGUCCCAGAUUUGACCAAGUUUGGUAUUGGUCCAAUUUGACAUGAGGUCUCGAAGGACGGCCAGCCGCCUGUCAAAACUUGGUUUUGCUAACUGUUUCAGUAAUUUAAAAAAAUCUAGUCUGUAGUUAUUAAUUUAUUUUAACUAAUGGACUACACUGGUUCUAGUAGAUUGAUAUUAAUGUCCUAGAAGAAAAUGAUUUAGAUAAUAGAAACUGGCGGUAUUCUACUUAUCAAUUCUGUAUAAUAUUAUUAUUUAUACAGACAUCUGUUUCAUCUUACGUAACAUAACGAAAGAGAUGGCAAUAAUAGACUAUGAUACGUGGAAUACCUAGUACCCAAAGACAAAGGCUGUACUUUUGCACUGUAGUAUCAAAUCCAGAAAACGAAUAAAAUAACAUAAACUUAUAUUCAAAUAACUUCCAUAUAUCGAUGACAAUGAUAAUUUCAAUUGUUAGUCUAAUUUAAUACCUAUUUAAUAAAAAUUACAUAACUAUUUUAUGUAAGAAAUAUUGCCAAUUUAUUAAAACUAUCGUUAGUGAUCUCUAAAUAUUAAAACGCUUUUGUAUUUGUAACAUAGGUAAUUCGUAGUUAGUAUUCUUAGUUAACAUUGUUAAGUGUACUAAAACUUAGAAAUGUCAUAGUAGUCAAAUAUACAAAACAUAUUAACUUUACUAGUCAAACUUCUAAUCAAUAAUAAACCUGUUGCAAAAUAAAAAUAUUACGUGAG